AUGGUGCUUCAGCAGUUUUUGGACGCCAGUGAUCAAGUGUUUCCGCCCACGAAGGAUCUUGGACAAGUGGGACCGGUCCAGUACCAUGUCCUCGUUGACGGAGGAUUCGGACAAGGUCUGCGAUUUGUGCGUCCUUACAGAGAUGCCAAAGCCGAUACCCCGGAGAAAAGGCGGUUCAAUGAAAAGCAUAGCAGCGCACGACGAAUGAUCGAGUCGACAUUCGGUAUAUUAACUCGAAGGUUUCAAAUUUUGAUGCAUCCAAUGCAAGUGAAUCCGUCCAGAGCAGGACGCAUAAUCAAGGCGCUGCCGGUAUUGCACAACCUUUUGCCAAGAAAACAAGACUUUUUGCAAGGUGUUCGACGAUUUGCGCCAGACGAGAGCACACUACAUUCAGUUGAACGAACUAUGACCGGGGGUGCUGCUGCAGCUAAAACGGUUGGAGAAAAAAUUACUUUGUACUAUACGCAGGUAUAUGGCCCCGCACGCGAAUGA